CAUUGAUAUAAACGUGCAAUUUUCUUUUUGGCCAGCAAUCAAAAUAAUAAGGAUCAAUAUGACUUAUAGUUACUGAUCGAAUAGAUUUAGUUUCCUUCUUGCAAUGUAGUUUUAGCUGUUUCUGUUGGCUUCUUUAUCAUCCUCGUUGUACCCGACUAUUUCCGAAACCUCAUUAAUAGGAAGGGUAAUAAAUUUCUAUUCAAGCUGUUGUAUGAUUUGCAAAGUUUUGAUCUUUAGUACAAACUGUGACCAUUUCGGCGACAUAAACUCGGAAAAAGUAGCAGACACUCUGAAAAUGACAAAAUGUUUAAGCUGUGCUAGAGAAAUAUUUGCGAGCCCAAAUUUGGGGGGUGGGGGUUUAGGUUUAAGUUAAAUGGUUGACCAGAAGCUUAUUGGUCAAAACAUUGGGUUUACCCUUACUGGUCCUAAACCCCGAAGCGCGCAAAAGAGUCACAAUGCUGAACUACUCUCUGUUAACGCUCCUUGCUAGAAGAGCAUCAACAGGAGUAAAUCAAAACCCAAUUUUACUUCAGCGAUGCUUCUGUUCACCACCGUCUUCUUCUUCUUCAAACAAUAAGCUCUUCGUCGGAGGCUUGUCAUGGUCCUUGGACGAGAAGUCCCUGAAAGACGCUUUCUCUUCUUAUGGGCAGGUCACUGAAGUGACUAUAGUGUAUGACAAGGACUCAGGCAGGUCUAGGGGCUUUGGAUUUGUAAAUUUCUCCAAGGAAGAUGAUGCCAAGUCUGCAAAAGAUGCUAUGGAUGGAAAGGCGUUGAUGGGUCGGCCACUGAGGAUUAGUUUUGCUCUCGAAAGAGUUCGGGGAGGGACUGUAGUUGUUCCUCGCCUUCCAGGCAUUGGAGAUCGUGUUAAUCGCUCAUAGCUGACAUCAUAUGGUAAUGUGUUACCAGUUACCUGUAACAGAUUAUAGAGAACUAUCCUUAGCUGUGAAAACUACAAAAUGUGUCAUUAUAGAGUUUCUUCAAAGGAAGUCAUCUCAUAGUCUUAGCAUCGCUAUGAGUUGAGCUUGAAUUUGCAAUGUUUUAUUGUAAACUCAAAGUCAGGUUAACUUCCAACUUUUGUGCAAGUUGGAGGAAGAUGGGUUAGUUCAUGAGGAAAUUUCUCCUUUUUGGUGUUAUAUGAACACCUUCAACUUAGAAAAGUUGGAAUUUGGCUUCCUUCUUCAAUACAUCUUGAAUUUAAUGAGUUUUACCCAUCCAAAAUCCAAUCCUAGACAACAAAGGCGGCCUUAAAUGUACAUUAAUUCACCCACGAGCACAUCCCCCUCUCCUCGCAUAAACAA